GGCUGCGGGCUGGGGCAGUGCUGGGGGCCGGCCGAGCCCCAUCCCGGCCCCAUCCCGGCCCCAUCCCGGCCCGAUCCCGGCCCCAUCCCGGCCCCAUCCCGGCCCCAUCCCGCUCCCGGCCCGGCCAGCUCCGCUCGCUGCCGGCGGGCACGGCCCCGAGCCGCCGGGGUUUGCUGCGCUCCGCGGGAAGGCUGAGCAAUGUCUCUCGCUAACUACAUCCAGAUGUGCCUGCUUGGCAGCCCGCUGCACAGACAUUACCGAGGGGACGCGGGAUCGGCGCUAUCAAAUGCGGUUUGAAGAACUGAUCAAAUAAGACAGAAGAUCUCCAGGAAAAGUAUGGCCAGUGGUGCCAGGCAGCUCAAACACAGCUUUUAACAGUCCCAGGAACACUGGAGAGACAAUGAGAGUUCGCCUCAAAGGGGAUGUGAUCUGUACCCUCUUCUUGCUGGUGGCACUUUGUUCUUUGCUCUACUCCCAGCUGGAACAUUUAGUCCCAGCAGGAAAGAAGGAGCCAGCACAGAACAAGCCUCGAGUAGCACCAAAAGUAUUCUCUGAUCUCAGAGCACCUGAGAGGCUGAUGCCAGCAGAAGCAACUGCACCCAGACCCCAAGUUACCCCUGUCAUGAGACAAACAGAAGUGGCCAAAACCAGGGUCCAAACUACAACUCCACCCCCGCUGACUAAUUCUGCCUUCAACUUCAAGCUCUAUCUCCUAAACAAGGAUAACAGGAACUUCAAUCUCCUCAUUAAUCAGCCCAGGAAAUGCCGAAAAACACCGGCAGGUCCCUUUCUGCUCAUUGCUAUCAAAUCGAUAGUUGAAGACUUUGACAGGCGUGAGAUUGUCCGGAAAACUUGGGGCAGGGAGGGUUUGGUGAAUGGGGAGCAGAUCCAGCGAGUGUUCCUCCUGGGAACACCAAAGAAUAGGACAGUGCUGGCAACGUGGGAGACCCUGAUGCAGCAGGAGAGUCAGACAUACCGGGACAUUUUACUCUGGGACUUCAUGGACACUUUCUUCAACCUGACCCUGAAGGAGAUCCACUUCCUGAGCUGGGCUGCUGAAUUCUGCCACAACGUGAAAUUUAUUUUUAAAGGUGACGCUGAUGUUUUCGUCAAUGUCGAGAACAUUGUUGAUUUCCUCAAGAGACACGAUCCCACUGAAGAUCUCUUUGUUGGGGACAUCAUCUACAAUGCCCGUCCCAUCCGUGUCCGGAAGAGCAAAUACUACAUCCCAGAGACCAUGUACGGGCUGAGCGUCUACCCCGCCUACGCCGGAGGAGGAGGGUUCUUGCUGUCCAGCUGCACCAUGAGGAAGCUCUCUAGGGCUUGCAGGGAGGUGGAGCUGUUCCCCAUUGAUGAUGUCUUUUUGGGCAUGUGUUUACAGAGAAUCAACCUCAAGCCCAUUUUACACGAAGGAUUCAAGACCUUUGGCAUUGUUAAGCCUUCUGCUGCCCCACACCUACAGACGUUCGAUCCCUGUUUUUACAAAGAUCUCAUGGUAGUUCAUAGCCUGAAGGUUGCUGAGAUCUGGCUAAUGUGGAACCUGCUCCACAGCCCACGGCUUUCCUGUACUCAGAAGAAGCAGGUGAAGAAGCCUUUCCAAUGGAAGAAGAAAGCUCAGAUAACACCAGCAUCACCACCCUAAUAAUGCAGGCAGAGCACAGCACACACAGCAAACCAGCCAAGAAAGGGAGCCUGGAACUGACACAGCCCAACAAACCAACUUUCCAAGUGUUUUUAGCACAUC